AUGGAGCUGGUCCUCGGGCGUUGCCGCGGCAGCGUUCGUAUCAUCGCAGCGCUGUGGGAUUCCAGGCAGUUGCCGGUGGAGGCUGGAGCGGUGCUGCCGGGCGCCUGGGGUCUGCGGAGACAGCGACAGGGAGAAGAGAGCAGCAUGGAGCCUGGGCAGGAGGAUCGGGGCCCAACCUGCUGUGAUGAGGAGGGGCCCAUCAGGGCAAAGAGGUGGCUGUGCUCCAUCUGCUGCCAAAGAAAACCGGCAGCUCCCAGCAGCAGGGGAAAGGAGGAAAAGACAUCAGCCACCUCCAAGUCCAAAUGGAGGUGGCCGUGGGUGUGCAUGGGUAGUCGGAAGCCAGCACCAUCAGAGCACCAGGCACCUGAAGAGGCGUGCAGCUCCCCUCCUGGGUCCUCGAGCAGCCUGGAGCCCGGCCCUGCAGCCCUGCAGCAGGAAGCAGCCCCCUGCCGAGCCGGGGACGAGGGCCCAGCCGCCCUGGGGCAGGAGCUGAGCCAGGCCCACAGCUGCCCCUGCUUGAGCCUCAGCUCCUCCUGGGAUGCCUGGCACACAUCCCAGGGGUCCGGGAGCACCAGCCCCAGCACCAGCUCCUCUUCAGAGGACCCUGAAAACUCCCCGGAGUCCGACACUACCAGGUCGACCAGCAGCUCUUCCUCGGAGGACUGCAGUAGCUCCCUGGAGUCCAGGACCAGCCUGGCCCCCGAUGACACCCGCACAAUGAUUCCCAGCCCGGCCGGCGAGGAGGUGGAGGAAGAGGAGGAUGAAGAGGAGGAGGAGGAAGAGGGAAGGUCCCCGGAAGAAGCUGCCCUCUUCCUUGUGAAGAACCUGCAGGACCCAGAUGAGAUGCUGGAUGGGAAGGACAGGCAGCACUUCCUGCUGGCCAUCAUUAGCAUGACCAUCGCCGCGGACCAGAGCAGAGAGGUGGCUGUGGAGCUGGAGGGCCUGAAAGCGGCUGUGCUAGAUAGGAUCGUGGACCUGAUGGAGAACAUCUCAGUGGAGGCUGACCCAAAACACAUCCUGGCGUACAGCAUAGACACCAUCCGUUGCCUCAGUGACCCGAAGCUCAGCCUGGAGCCAGCACUGGAGUCGCGCCUCCUGUGGGCCGCCGUGGACAAGAGCUUCCUGGCCAUAGGGCGUGAGACCCAUCACAACCAGGUCAUGCAGCAGCUGUAUGAGGAGUACCUGGAGGGCCUGAUGUGCUGCGUCUUGUCCAGCGCCCCCAGUCUGGGCAAGCUCUACUCCAUCUGGGAGCACUUUACGUCAUGGAUUGAGGCGCCGGAUGCCCAGCACCGUGCAAUGGGCAUGAAGAUCACCACCGGCAUCCUUGCCUUUGCUGUGCAGCUCCUCCCACAAUUUGAGGGCUCCCCUGACAUGCCGGAGGUGGGGGACAUGGCAGCCCGCCUGGGUCUGUCCAUCAACGACCCGGAGGAGACCAUCAGCUGCAAGGCCAGGGCGUGCAUGUAUUUGCUCACUCAAAUCCUCCUUCAUCAGAGGGGCCAAGACAUGCAAGGGGCAGAGAAGCUGCGGUGCAAGCGCCAGAUGGAGCAGAGCCAGGUCCAGAACUACAGAGACCUGGCGAGAGUGGGAGAGGGGCUGAGAAAGAUCUUGCUGGAGGAGCAAAGGAGAUCUUUCCUACAGAGGGCCCUUCAUGCAGGUCACAAUGGACCGAUGCACAUCAGCCAAGCUGGGCUUGUCUUUCUGUAUGCCAUCCUGGGGGAAGCCAGCUGCUUGAUGCGGCACAAGGAGAAAGAAAUCCCCAUCAGGGUCCUGAAUAAGAUACUCAUUAUCACCUGCCUGAAAGAGCUGCCUAAAGAUCUGCAAGGGCACAGCCUGCUGGUCACCUACUCCAGCGCCCUCGCCCCUCUCUAGCCGCCCACACUUGCUCCUGCAGCAACACCUGCAAACCACCUGCAC